AUGUGCUUCUCCGACUGGGGCGACGAAUCAUCUGAACCCAUCCGAGUCGUCGAACGUCGUCACGUCAGUGUAUAUCAGACAUUCCCUACUACAAUAGCCUCGUCCAGUCCGCCCCCCAGUUACUAUCUCUACAGUCGACCGUCGUCUCCGCGAACGUCGUACACCACCGUCACCAGAACACAUACACAGCGACGCUCGCAUCGGCUUAUCCCCGUGAACGACACGGUGUACUAUCAAGCUCGCCGGUCUUGCGAGCCAGAUCGGACACACAGGCCGCUGACGGCUUAUGUGGAAUAUGGAGGAGGGAGAAGACGGAGUGAGGAAGUGAGGAUUAUUGAGAGGAAACAAUGCAAGUGUUUUCUUGAUUCCUGGGGAGAAGGUCUUCUGGCUAACCGUCGCAGGAACCAAUCUCUCUCGAUCCGGCCCGGCCAAAAGGGUGGCAAGCAGCAGGAUCGCGGCGCCAACCGCCAUCGAUUCUCGAUGAGCACCCUGCGAGGCCUCCAGCAGCCCGAGCUGAGCAAGAAACUGUUCAAGAUUAUCAAGAAUGAGAACACCGUUAUCGGCGCCUACGAGUCUGCCGGUCGCGAGCGCGUGUCCAUCGCCUCGCAGCUCUCCGACUGGGGCGAGGCAACCGGCGACGAGAAUCUCUCUGAAGUCUCGGAUAAGCUCGGAGUGCUGCUGUCGGAGAUUGGAGAGCAGGAGGAUCUCUUUGCGCAGAACCUAGAAGAUUACCGUGGCUUGCUCAAGCAGAUUCGCAACACCGAGGGUGCAGUGCAGCCCACGAGAGAUCAGCGGAAUAAGAUUUCCGAUGAGAUACAGAGACUAAAGUACAAGGACCCGACAAGCACCAAGAUUGUAACUCUGGAACAGGAGUUGGUCAGGUCCGAGGCCCAGAGCCUUGUCGCAGAUGCACAGCUGUCGAAUGUGACACGACAAAAGAUGAAAGAAGCAUUCGACAUUCACCUCGCUGCGACUAUCGAGCGGGGUGAGAAACAAGUGAUCUUGGCCCAGCAUGCACGCCGACUGGUGACCCUGAUCGACGAUACCCCAGUCGUUCCUGGCGACCAAAGGAAGCCCUUUGAGCACGGAGAUACUCUGCGAGAGGUAUUAGACGACGCCGAAAGAGAUCUGCGUGCAUGGGAACCCUCCCUGCUUCCUAUCCCAACAUACGCAGGCAACAUGGGCGCCGAUUUGGUGCCGAAACGAGAGGCCUCGCAGAAAGCAUCAUCGGAUGGCGAGCCUGCAGAUGCUUCGGAGCUGCUGCAGGAGCUUCCAGCGAAGCCGCAUUGCCUUCAGUCUCUCCAUCAUCCCGCAUUCUCCUCCUUCCGAUCCCUUCUGACGUGUACUAUAAUUUCCUUUGGUCUUGAUUUCUCUGUUGCUUUCAAAUUCUACCUUCCAGCAAUCGCCGCCCGUGGAAUCGCCGUCAAGAUGGAUACGUUAGUCGCCAAGUACUCCGGUUCGGCGUAUCGGGAUGAGCUGUAUUCAGAGGAACAACAGCGCAAUCUCACAGAAUGCCUUCCUCCGAUAUCUCUCAAGUUUGAUCUUCCACCGGUUGCAAAGCCCUCCUCUUGGCUUCGUACCAUGACCGAUGACCACUCGAACCCCAGUGCACCUAUCAAACUAGCACACGGAACGACGACUCUUGCUUUCAGAUUUCAGCACGGCAUUAUCGUUGCGACCGACUCCAGAGCCACAGCCGGUAAUUGGAUUGCCAGUCAGACAGUCAAGAAGGUUAUUCCAGUGUCACGGUUGAAUGUCGACACGGACAAGACAGGCGGAGCCCCCGUUCCGGGCUUGCUGGGAACCAUGGCCGGUACUGCUGCUGAUUGUCAAUACUGGUUGAGAUACUUGGGCGAGCAAUGCACACUCCACGAACUCCGACAUAAGCGUCGCAUCACUGUCGCUGCUGCAUCGAAGAUUCUCGCCAAUCUUACAUACUCGUACAAGUCGAUGGGUUUGGGAAUGGGUACUAUGUUGGCCGGAAUGACCCCUCAAGAAGGACCUGCCCUGUACUAUAUUGACUCGGACGGAACCCGUCUCCCCGGAAACCUUUUCUGUGUUGGUUCCGGUCAAACAUUCGCCUACGGUGUGUUGGAUGCCGAGUACCGGUACGAUCUCAGCGAGGAAGAAGCUCUCGAGCUGGGCAAACGAAGCAUUUUGGCCGCUACUCACCGUGACGCCUACUCUGGUGGAUAUAUCAACUUGUACCACGUAAAGGAGGAAGGUUGGGUGCACCACGGCUUCAACGACACAGAUCCGAUUUUCUGGAACACCAAGCUGGUUAAGGGUGAAUUUUCAAACGUUACAGCUGAGGUUUAA